AGCAGCAGCAGCAGCAGCAGCAGCAGCAGCAGCAGCAGCAGCAGCAGGAGCAGGAGCAGCCCCAACCCGAACCCACCGUUGAUGCCACCACCGCCCGCAACAAUGACACCACCACCACCCCAAACCCAACCGCAACCGCAAUCCCAGCCCUCCCCGAACCAGACGGAUCCCCAGCAACAACAACAGUGCACGUCAACGGGCAGUCUGUCGCCCUAGACGCGCUGGGGCCGAUGGUGGUGAACCGCGACGGGACGGUGUCGCGGAUCGGCAACUGGCACGAGAUGAGCGGGAUCGAGCGGCAGAACACGCUGCGGAUCCUCGGGAAGCGGAACCAGCUGCGGCUGGGGAAUUUGAGGGCUGGGAGGGCUGCUGAUUUGGCGCCCGGGGAUGGGGAGGGGGGUGGUAAGUGGUAGGAGUAGGUGUUGGGUAGUUGGGUAGGGGAUUGUAGGUUUGAUAUCGAAAGGGGAAUCGAGAGCACGUUAGUUACGAGUAGAUAUGCGUGAUGACGAUCAGACGAUCAGAAUAGAGCAAGACCACACAUCUCAUCAUCAUAUCAAACGCCA